UGCUGCCUGCGGGCUCUCCCCGCCCUCUGCUGCCAGAACCUUGGGGAUGUGCCUAGACCCGGCGCAGCGCACGUCCCAGCCAACCCAGAGCAGAACAAACCUUUGGCGGGUGGCCAGGAGGCUCCCUCCCAGCCGCCACCGCCCCCCGGCAUUGCUCCCCACCCCCCAACCCCCGCCCCAUACAAUACAAGAUCUUCCUUCCUCAGUUCCCUUAAAUCACAGCCCGGGGAAAUCUCCUCACAGCCGUCAGCCAGCCUCGGGCCAGCAUGUCUGGGGGCAAAUACGUAGACUCCGAGGGACAUCUCUACACUGUUCCCAUCCGGGAACAGGGCAACAUUUACAAGCCCAACAACAAGGCAAUGGCAGAGGAGAUGAACGAGAAGCAAAUGUACGACGCGCACACCAAGGAGAUUGACCUGGUGAACCGCGAUCCCAAGCAUCUCAACGACGACGUGGUCAAGAUUGAUUUUGAAGAUGUGAUUGCAGAACCAGAAGGAACACACAGUUUUGACGGCAUCUGGAAGGCCAGCUUCACCACCUUCACUGUGACAAAAUACUGGUUUUACCGUUUGCUGUCUGCGCUCUUUGGCAUCCCGAUGGCGCUCAUCUGGGGCAUUUACUUUGCCAUUCUCUCUUUCCUGCACAUCUGGGCAGUUGUACCAUGCAUUAAGAGUUUCCUGAUUGAGAUUCAGUGCAUCAGCCGUGUCUAUUCCAUCUACGUCCACACCUUCUGUGACCCACUCUUUGAGGCUAUUGGCAAAAUAUUUAGCAAUAUCCGCAUCAAUAUGCAAAAAGAAAUAUAAAGGACAUUUCAAGAAUAGAAGUAUACCUAACUCUUUCGUUUUCCUUUUAAUUUUCUUGGUGCCAAUUUCAAGUUUCAGUUUGCUAGUAUAGCAACAAUAUACAAAUGAAUUUUCUUGGUUCAGAACAAAUAUCCAGUUCAUAAAUGUUUUCUGAGCUAUUUCAUCUAAUUUCUUUUUAUUAGUCUGAAUAUUUUUAAACCCAUUUAAAAAUUUUUUCUUGUAUUUUUAUUUGUAUGUGGAUCAUUGUUGAUUAGCUAAGAUAUGGACAUACUGAAAGGUAAUUUGAGAGAAAUACGAAGAACUGAAGGCGGGGGAAGAAUCAACAGCUUUAACUGCCUACCUAAAAUGUUGAUCAUUUUGUUUUAGGGGAGAAUCCCAGGCUCUAUAGUCACUGGGCAUACAGGUAUGUGGGCAAGUUUUAAGCAAAUACUUUCCCUAACAUCUGAAGUUUUAGUGGGUUGCUGUCAUUCACUUCAAUGAUCCAGUGGGAUCGCUGAUCCUUACCAAGUUAGAAAGUAAUCAUCUGUAUUCACCUGAUCUGACUAAUGCCUUACCCUUCUUAAAAUUUUAACCCAUGAUACUUUCUGUGCCUGAAUAUUUGUUACAUUGAUAAUGAAACUUAAGUGCCUUCCUGUGUUUCACAUUUUCCUUUUCAAAGAGGGUCCAACUUACUCAGCCUGUCCCCAAGACCAAAAGUAGAAAAUCCAUUUCUAUGUAUUCCACAUUUUCACUCUGAAAUAAAGCUGAGUGAAGUUCAUGUCUGCUCUUGACCACACAGCAUCUUUAUCCAUAGCUAGUAUGUUCGACAUCAACCCCAUGAAAUGAAUUAAUGUGGACAAAUGGAGCUGAGCCCUCUCUGGGUUAGCAGGAGUGGAAACCAACAUUCUCUGCCUCUCAUCAGCUGAAUGAGGUCAGCAUGUCCAUUCAGCUUCAUUUAUUUUCAAGAAUAAUCACACUUUCCUGACUCCAAACUAAUCCAUCACUGUUGUGGUAUAGUGGCUGAACAUUGUGUUCCUUUUUCAGCUGAUCAGUGGGCCUCCAGGGAAGAGUUGAUAAAAUGGAGGCCAUUGUGUGAGCCUGUCAGAAUUGUUGCAAAUGUGACUGCUUCAAAGGAAAGCACUUGCGACCUUCUGUUAUGCUGUGACAUGUGGCCCCUCCCUCUGCCAGGAGCUUUGGCUCUAAUUCAAGCAUCAUUUUGCCAGAGAGAAUAUGGGAGAGGGGCAGUAAUAAAAAAUUGAGGUAAUUCUGCUGGAAUAAGUUCAAAUUCUUCUGAACUCAAACUGAGGAAUUCUACCUGUAAACCUGAGUCAUAAAGAAAGCUGCCUGGUAUACCCAAAAGCUUUUUAUUCCUCCUGCUCAUAUUAAGACUCUGCCCUUGGGGAUUUUAUUUUCAUCUUUCAGUUAUGCUUUUAUUUUUUAUUUUCAUAUACUUAUUGCAUACAUUUCCUUUCUUUUCCCUCUCCAAGCUUUCCAGACACUUUAAUUAUCAACCUGUUAAAUACUUCGUUUUUUGCAUUUAAAACAGACACUGGCAUGGAUAUAGUUUUACUUUUAAACUGUGUACAUAAAUUGAAAAUGUACUAUAUUGCAUACUUUUUUAAGUGUAAAGAUAUUUUUUAUCUUUAAAUGAAGAAAACCACUUGGGAAAUUGCUUGUGAUUCAAUCUGUAAACUGUGUAUCCCAAGACAUGUCUGUUCUAGUCCCUUGUGGAAAGCAAUUGCUGGUCCAAAAGAUUGCUGAAAUUUUAUAUGCUUACUGAUGUAUUUUACACUUUUUUAUCCUGCAUGUCCUAUAACAGUUACAACUCUGCACAAUAAAAAUGUUUAACAGUU